AUGUCAGUGUCCAAGUCAGAGAUGGUGGCGGCUCAGGCCCACGAGGAGCAGUGGAGGCGGAGAGGAGCGAACGGCUUCAGCACAAUGACAAGUGUCAGCGUGGACGUGGAGAACUCGGAACUCUGGGAUUCUGCUGGCGGGACGCAUUCACUGAACGUCGGCUGCGUUCUGGGCACGCUUCCAGGCACUGCCCCCCGGAUCCGACAGGGGACCAGCCCUGUCUUCACGGGGUUGACCAUCCGACGAGGAGACAGGCAGUCGGUCAGCAAGACCAAGAGGAAACCCGUUCAGGACGUCCAUGUGGGUGAGGAAGACGAGGGAGGGGCAGCAUCCGGGAGGCAGCCCCUGCCCAGACAGAAGCUGUCGGGCGAAUACUUCCGGUACAAAGGCAUCCCCUUCCCCGUGGGCAUCUACUCCCCCGAGAGCAUCAGCAUCACGGAGAACGCGGAGGUGCAGGACGACGACAUCUUCAUCGUCACCUACCCCAAGUCAGGCACCAACUGGAUGAUCGAGAUCCUCAGCUUAAUCGUCAAGGACGGGGACCCCUCCUGGAUCCGCUCGGUGCCCAUCUGGAAGCGGGCGCCCUGGUGUGAGACCAUCAUGGGAGCCUUCAGCCUCUCGGACCAGUCCAGCCCCCGCCUCAUGAGCUCCCACCUCCCCAUCCAGCUCUUCACAAAGGCCUUCUUCAACUCCAAGGCCAAGGUCAUCUACAUGGGCCGGAACCCCCGGGACGUGGCCGUGUCGCUCUAUCACUACUCCAAGAUCGCCGGGCAGCUGAAGGACCCCGGCACCCCAGACCAGUUCCUGCAGAACUUCCUCAAAGGCGAAGUGCAGUUCGGCUCCUGGUUCGACCACAUUAAAGGCUGGAUUCGGAUGCAGGGCAAAGAGAACUUCCUGUUUAUCACCUACGAGGAGCUGCAGGAAGAUCUCCCCGGCUCCGUGCAGCGUGUCUGCCAGUUCCUGGGCCGGCAGCUGGGCGAGGAGGCGCUGGGCUCCGUCGUGGCUCACUCGGCCUUCGAUGCCAUGAAGGCCAACACCAUGUCCAACUUCUCGCUGCUGCCCCCCAGCCUGCUGGACCAGCGCCAUGGCGCCUUCCUCCGGAAAGGGGUCUGCGGAGACUGGAAGAACCACUUCACGGUGGCGCAGAGCGAAGCCUUCGACCGCGUCUACCGCGAGCAGAUGCGGGGGAUGCCGACCUUCCCCUGGGACGAGGACCCCGAGGAUGCCAGUCCGGACCCCGAACCCAGCCCCAGCCCAGACCAGGCCUCCGAGCACCCGCACCCGUGACCCCCG